AUACACAUCCCAAGUUUUGAAACUUGCCCAAGUUCCAUACUAAUGGCGAUAAGAACUCUUCUUCGCGCCAGAAUUAGUACUCACUAUUUCGCCCUCACAAUCUUCCAUCACAAUCACACACCACCCACGAAAUCCAAAAUCUUCCCACACUAUCCCCUUCCAUUAUUCUCUGCUCAUCACUUCACAUGCCUUUUGCACAGAGCUAAUUUCACUUCCACCACAGACCCACAACACUCUAAUUCCCACCUAAUAAGUGAACUCUCUCGCAUCCUAAGCGAUCACAGAAAUCCCCACAACGACAUUGAAUCAGCUCUCAAUCCAUUCUCCGACAAGAUUUCGGCUAACAUAGUUGAACAAGUCCUUAAACGCUGCAAAAAUCUUGGGUUUUCAGCUCACAGAUUCUUCAUAUGGGCAAAUAAGUUAUCGGGUUUUCUUCAUAGUAAAGAAAGCUAUCACAUUCUUGUUGAUAUUUUAGGAAGUAGCAAACAGUUUCCUUUGUUAUGGGACUUUCUUGUUGAGUUAAAAAGGAACAAAUCUUGUGAAUUGGGUCAAGAUAUUUUCUGGAUUGUCUUUAGGUCUUAUAGUAGAGCUAAUUUACCUGUUGAUGCCAUUAGGAGUUUUGAUAAAAUGAUUGAUUUUGGGAUUACACCGAGUGUAGUGGAUGUUGAUCAGCUUUUGCUUGCAUUGUGUAAAAGAAAGCAUAUGAAAGAAGCGAAGCAGUUCUUUGAUAGAGUUAAAGAUGAAUACAUGCUGAGUGUGAAAUCUUACAGCAUUAUGAUGAGGGGCUGGGGAGAAACUGUAGAAGUAAUUGAGGCACAGAAACUGUUUGAUGAAAUGCUUGAGAGAGGUUCGUCAGUUGAUUUGUUAGCUUAUAACAGCAUUUUGGAGUCACUGUGUAAGGCUGGAAAAAUGGAUGAUGCCUAUAACUUGUUCGUGAAGAUGAGGUCCAUGGGACUAAAACCUGAUGCUUUUACAUAUGCAGUUUUUAUUCGUGCUUAUUGUGUAAAGGAUGAUAUUCAUUCAGCUUUUAGGGUCCUUGAUCGGAUGAAAAGGUACAAACUUGUGCCUAAUGUAUUUACGUACAACGUGAUCAUCAAGAAGCUCUGCAAGAGUGACAAGGUUGAGGAUGCUUACCAACUGAUAGAUGAGAUGAUUGACCGUGGGGUAAAACCUGAUUGUUGGAGUUAUAAUACAAUCCUUGCUUUUCAUUGUGAUCAUAAUGAAGUCAAUUUGGCACUUAGGCUGAUCUCAAAAAUGGAGAAGAAUGGUUGCCUUCCAGAUCGGCAUACAUAUAACAUGGUGCUUAAAAUGCUCGUAAAGGUCGGAAGGUUUGAUAGAGUUGAGAAAGUAUGGGAGAGUAUGGAAGGCAGGAAAUUUUAUCCUUCAGUCUCAACGUACGCUGUUAUGAUACAUGGUCUCUGUCAGAAGAAAGGCAAACUUGAGGAAGCAUGUAAAUAUUUUGAAAUGAUGAUAGAUGAAGGGAUCCCACCAUAUGGGGAAACCUGUGAAUUAAUUCGUAAUAAACUUAUAGGCUUAGGAUUUGCAGAGCAAACAGAGAUUCUUGCGGAUAAAAUGGAAAGAAGUACUUCUUGUUUAAUUCAAGAGCUAACAAAUGUUAUGAGAAGAAACAAGUCCCGUGCCAGAUUGAGACGUGAAAAAGAAUGCUCUAAUAGUGAUGAGUAAAGGAGUUCAAUGUGCCUCAAUCCCUUUGGUCAAGGUGAUACAUAUUCUUAAUGCCUGUUGUUUGUUUGCCGCCGCAUGCUUGACAUUUCUCUGUUUGCUUUUACUUGUAGCAGCUAGUGAUGCUGACUUUGUCGUUCUUGGAAGCUAUUUCUCGCCGAGAUGACAAACUGUAUCCUAAGAGGCAAAACUUGUCCUAACUGAUCUUUGUAAUAGCAAGCUGUAGCCAAAAAGGUGUUGUGAUGAGUUUCUUGAUCCGUAGCCAAAUAAAUGACUCUAUUUGCUUGUAAAGGAUCUAGUUAUGGUCCAACAGAAAAGUACCAGGUUUGCAAGAAUGUUGACCUCAAGUUGCAUAACGAGCUUAUUUGAGGUUCUAUGAAUGGAUAUGUGGAUUUGGACAAUUGGCUCUCUCAGUAAAGGACGAAGGACAUGUAGUUAUCACUUGGAUUCCCAGGUUAAAAUUGGGCUCUGAAAUGCUAUCCUUAAGCCACUUCGCUGAAGAGACAUCACUUUUCAAGAAUAAACAAGGGCAGCAAGAUUGUUAGCUAUUUAAAUGAGCCUGUCAACCAUUGCUGGAAGACACCUAUAAGAGUUUCCUUUAUUGUUUGUAAAUCAGUGCAUUUUUGAAAUGCUAUCCUUCUGUGUUUUUGUUGGGACUUCUGAAGUAACUGUUGAAUCCGGGGGUUUUUUUGGAGAUGCAAACACAUUAUUAAUGAAUGUGCUGUUUCUGCAUCUAUUGUAGUUUCUAGUUUCUGGAGUUACUAGAUCAAAGCUGGUGGUGAUGUGAUUCUGGAGUGUUGUAUCAGUCUAUGAUUGCAGAUGUGAUGGUCAAACAGUUGGUUGCUUGGGAAUCGACCAAGAAGGGAAAUUGCAACAGGUGGUUACCAGUUCAUAGAACAAUCCUCCAAAAAUUUAGAAGCAUGUUCCUUUAGGGGUUCUGAUUUUUCUAAGUCAAACAUAUGACUGCCUAUAAUUCAAGACACUCGGAUUUGGUUUUUGUUGUUGAAAUGCUGCAGCUGUUCCAGCAUUGGGUGAUGGGUGUAUUCGAGUAGAUUGCUAUGGUAGGCUGAUUCAGAUGAGGAGGGAUGUGUAUCACAAUUAGAAAAGUUACAGGAAUGUCUUGCCAACUGAUACAUGCUGGUAAAAUUCUAGCUCAAUUUUGCAAGGAUGCCCGUAAUAUGCAGUUGUGUGAUGGUGUUGGAAUAGCUCUUUCGCUGAAAGCUACUUUGUUUUUUUCUUUUUUGAUAAGUUGCUGAAUUCUACUCUUGAUUUGCCCAAGUUUGAAGUGGCUGCAUACUUGAAUGAAUCAAUAUAAUCAAUUUUCUGAGCUUUAUUUUUGUUACAUCAUUUUCUUUUCUGUUGGAAUUUUGUAGGCUAAAGGUACUUAAUGAGUCUUUUAGGAUCCUUAUGGUCUUUGAGUUGUUGAAUCAUUAUGGUCUCUUGUGUUAUCAACAGGACAAUUGUCUUCUUGAACCUAUGUGGCUUUACAUUCUUUAGAGAUUCCUUCUGAAUCUAGCAUUUGUUGACUACUCUAUCUGAUCAUCACUCUGAAUGACUUUUUGGCAUCAUAUUUUUGUAGUUUUGUUGGUAUAUUUGACAUAAAGUGACGAAACUAUUUCUUCCAACUUGAAUGGCUUUGCUGAAGUGGUAAAGGAGCUUUCGGAUGACAUUGCAUCAAAAGAACAUGCAAGAGUUGAUUGCAGUAAACUUUAUUGAGAACGUUCUUUGUGCUGGAGCAUGUUGUUUUCAAUCGCUCUCUGCAUUGAGUCAAAGGAGGGUUCCUUAUCUCAAAAAGAAUAAAAAAAAAAAGAAAAAAAAAGAAACAAGAAACAAGAAAAGAGAAUGAUUUGAAGAAAGUAUAGGUACUAACUGGUAACUAAAGUUUCCUUGAAAUCCUUAGACCGAUCAUUUCUGCAGGCUGCUCUUCAGAGGAUUUAGUUAUUCAUUACGAGUAAUGCUUAUUCUAACUUUUUCAUUUGGCGUACUUGUUAUUUCAAUAUCUUAGGUACCCUGCUGCAUGCAAAAGCUGCACUUUCAUUCUCGUUAUAGCACUUUGCUUUAACAGAGCAUUGGAGAAGAAAGCAUUUGAGCUUCUACAAGCUACCAGAAUCCUUCUUAUCACUUCAUGUGCGAUUUCAGUCUGACAUGGUAGCUUACAGUUAACGUGAGUACUCCAGUCUUUCUCCUAUAUUGGUAAAUCAUAUAGAAGCUCGGCGGGGGGAUAUGAAACCUUGGAUCUAAUAAAUGGCUCAUAUUUGGAGAAGCAGUGGGAAGUGCCCUUUUACACCAAAUGGAACUGCCCUCAUCCUUCAGGCUCUGUUCAUUCCUACAGAACUAACUAUUUAUUUGGCAACUGGUGAUGGCCUGAUGGAACUUGGGGGAUAACCUCUUGUCGAGAGGAGUUACUAUCCGAACAUAUUACUGGCUACUUACUAUCCGAACAUAUACAUGGAUAAGAUGGUUGCAGCAAUGCGAGCUUUUAAGGGGUUGCAUAAGACACCCUCACACUGUUCUUUAGCAGGACGGCUUUGGCAGUUGUUAACCUAUCAGGAGCUGCAAUUAGCAAGUUGUGGUGGAAUUUAUUUGUGAAAAAAAGAUAAACUUUGGGUAAAAUGAAUACAUGCUAACUAUGGGAAAAAGAGGGAUAUCCUGGAAGAAACACCAAAGCAGGCAUCUUGGGUUGUUUAAAAGGUUAUGAAUGCCAGGAAAUUCUUCAUUGAGGCUGGAGAUCAAUCGAUAGAAAUAAGGAGAAUACAGAGGUUUUCUAUUAAAGUUGUCUAUCAUAAGCUAAGAGGGGAGUUUCCAUUUAUUUCCAAAGGUUACAUGGAGGAGAUUGGUAUGUAAUAACCAAGGCAUGUGGAGUUUCAUAUUAGAGAAGUGGAGAAUGAAUGUUAACAAAGUAUGUCCAGUAUGACAUUGCAGAUUAAAGUGUGGCACACUUGGUCUUUGCCUGGUGGCACAUUCAUUAAGUGUGGCACACUUAAUGAAUGUUAACAAAGUAUGUCCAGUGUGUGACAUCGCAGAUUAAGGUGUGGCACACUUAGUCUUUGCCUGGUGGUUCUCAACCCAUAUCUGGGAAGCUACUAGUGUGGCAGGACAUUGACAGAGAUUUUAUGGGCUGAUAGGCAGAAAUAUCUGUUAGUCAAACUGUAAUGCUAUAAUAUAAAGAAACAGUAAUAUUUCUGGAACAAUAAAAACAGAAAACAGGAGUAGUAUAGCAGAAAUGUAUAUAUAUAAUUAGAAGCGCAAUCUCAAAAUAUAAUUCGGAAAAGAUCGAGCCCACUGAAUGUACUGUGUGUCC